AUGAACUCGUACCCAAGAAUUGAUGUUCUUGGGUAUUCAAUUAACAUUUUGAGGGAUAUUUGUGCACAGGAUAGAGUUAAAUUAAGAAGUGAAGAAUCAGUUACCAUAGUUGAUUUAUUACUGUCAUCAGGACUUCUUGAUCUUCUUAUAGAUUUUCUUCGUGAGCUGGAGCCUCCUUCGACAAUCAAGAAAUCUUUUCCACAAGAGAGCGCUUCUGUACAAUUGAAGGUUUGCCCUUAUAAAGGGUUUAGGAGGGAUAUAGUUGCUGUUAUAGCCAAUUGUUUGUAUGGAAUGAAGCAUGUGCAGGAUGCUAUUAGGCAGAAAGAUGCUAUCCUUUUGCUGUUACAACAAUGUGUUACUGAUGACGACAAUGAGUUUUUGAGGGAAUGUGGAAUCUGGGCAGUGAGGAAUUUGCUCGAGGGAAACGAAGAGAACCAGAAAAUAGUUGCAGAAUUGGAGAUUCAAGGGUCUGCAGAUGUGCCUGCACUUACUGAGCUUGGGUUUCGAAUGGAAUUGGACCCCCAUACUCGGCGUGCUAAGCUUGUCAACAUCUCACCAUGUUAG